CCAUGUGAUGCAUCUACAUGUCAGCUACCAAAUUGUAAAUGCGCAGAUACCCAAAUUCCUGGAAAUAUGUCCGAAUCCGACACUCCUAUGAUGAUCAUGGUGACGUUUGACGACAGCGUCAACAUUGGAAAUAACGAUUACUAUCUGAAACUCUUCGACGAUAAAAGAAAUAACCCUAACGGUUGCCCGCACAGAGGAACAUUUUUCGUUUCCGGUGACGCUUCUCAAUAUCAUUACGUUAGAGAUUUGUACAAGGCGGGGAACGAAAUUUCCUCCCAUAGCAUUUCCCAUCGGUCUCCCACAACCUGGUGGGCCAAUGCAGGCUAUGAUGGUUAUGUGAAGGAGAUUGAAGGAAUGAGUAAACGGUUAGCACGAGAAGGAAACUUGCCCAGAAAAGCCAUCAAAGGAAUGAGAGUACCUUUCUUACAAGUAGGCGGAGAUGGACAGUAUCAAAUGUUAGAGGAUUACGGAUACCAAUGGGACUCUUCUAUGGUAACAGGCAAUUUGUACCAAAAUGCCAAUCCAACUCUUUGGCCUUUUACCCUUGAUUAUCCACCAAGCUCAAAACACUGCAGCUUGGCCCCAUGUCCAACGAAAUCUUAUCCGGGUCUUUGGGAGAUUCCUUUAGUACGAUGGUAUGGAAACAAUAAGAUGGCCUGUGCUAUGCCUGAUGGUUGUACUAUUGGACCUGGUCGAAAGGGAACACUGGAUUACUUAAUGGACAAUUUCAACCGACAGUACAAGACAAACAAAGCACCACUUGGCAUUUUCUUACACGCUUCUUGGUUCCGUCGAAAGUCUGGCAAUUUUGAAGGAUUGGUGGAUUUCCUGGAAAAGAUGACCCAUCUCCCAGAUGUAUAUGUUCUUACAGUCAGUCAAGUUAUUGACUGGAUUCGUCACCCAGUUCCAUUAAACCGAGUGUCCGAAUUGAAAUCCUGGCAAUGUUCCAAAAAAUAA